AAGGGUUAAAGUGCCCGUGAUAACUUUUGAGAACCUACGCAGUUGGAUGCUGAAGCAAUAAAACCACAGGCUGUUACACGCCUUGAACCUUUCCACAUUUCCUAGUGUGACAGCAUGGAACUGAAAUGGACUGCACCGAGAUAACACUCCAUCAGUGUUCACAGGAUAACCCAUAAUACUCAUGUGGGGUGAACAAAAACCUGUCUACAAAUACACAAUGUAAACAAGUGAUUGGCAGUGUCAUUGUUAAACCCAGAAUACACAUGUAUAAUCUCCCGGAGAGGUGAUGCAGGCUUGUGUAUGAGAUUGCACAAGCGUUUAUUAAGCGUCUAAAAGAAGCAGCACAUCAGUCUGUACGCGGUGCAGUUCCUCUAUUUAUUUUCAUUCCAUUUUAAAGCCGCCAUUACAGACCGAAAUAUUUCACACGAGUUUUGUAAAGACACGACAGAGCAAUGCGGGUCUUUGCUUUAACCGGUCUCCUGCUUUAUGUCUCCGUACACACAGCUCCCAGUGACAUAUCCAAUCAGAUCCGCACAGAGGGGAGUGACGCACUUCUCUUCUGUGUAAAUGAUGGUAAAGUGUUGUGGAGUAAAGGUGUUGAUGGAGGGAGAAGGGACAUCCUCACUGCUGAACGUGGAGAAGUCAUCAUUAAACACAAUCCUGAUCCAGAUAACAGAUACACUGUGUUCAGUGAUUCAUCACUCCAUAUAACGGAUCUGUCUCUCUCAGACUCGGGGGUUUACUACUGUAACUCUGUUCCUGUGGUCAGUCUGACUGUCACUCCAUCACACGAGAGAACAAGUGAGAACAAGUCCACACAGACGACUCCGACAACCACAACCAGCACCGGAGUGACUCACCGUGACCGUGGAGCUUCUCAGAACAUCACUCCCAUCACCAGUGUAGAAGAACAUGAAGGAUCUUCAGAUACCUGGACUACAGAGAGAACAAGUGAGAACAAGUCCACACAGACGACUCCGACAACCACAACCAGCACCGGAGUGACUCACCGUGACCGUGGAGCUUCUCAGAACAUCACUCCCAUCACCAGUGUAGAAGAACAUGAAGGAUCUUCAGAUACCUGGACUACAGGUUCCGCCACUAAAGAAUCCUACACAACUGCAUCUACCCUGAAGAACACGGAGAGAACAAGUGAGAACAAGUCCACACAGACGACUCCGACAACCACAACCAGCACCGGAGUGACUCACCGUGACCGUGGAGCUUCUCAGAACAUCACUCCCAUCACCAGUGUAGAAGAACAUGAAGGAUCUUCAGAUACCUGGACUACAGGUUCCUCCACUAAGCAGUCCUACACAACUGAAUCUACCGUGAAGAACACGGAGAGAACAAGUGAGAACAAGUCCACACAGACGACUCCGACAACCACAACCAGCACCGGAGUGACUCACCGUGACCGUGGAGCUUCUCAGAACAUCACUCCCAUCACCAGUGUAGAAGAACAUGAAGGAUCUUCAGAUACCUGGACUACAGAGACCACACAGACGACUCAGACAGGAACAGCCUGCGUUACACCCGAUGGAAAAACCGCCACCCAGUCCAACAUUCCCAAGAGCACUGAACCAGUCAAAGAAUCUUCAGGUGCACUCGUGAUUCCGGUCUCUGUGCUGGUUGGAGUGUCUGUUGCAGCAGUAAUUGUAGCUGUGCUGCUGAGGAGAUGUUUCUUCCGAAAGAGAACUGCUAAAGGCAGAAAGACAGAUCACAUCUAUGAAUCCAUAGAAGAUGUUACACCGACUGCACAAAAAAAUCUGGAUGAAGCCAUUUAUGUCCUAGCAGGAGAUACAGCUCUAGUCAAUCUGGGGAAUAAGACACAGACUGAUGCUUCCUCAUCUUCAGAGACACAAUCACCUACAAAUCUGGUCGAGUCCGUGUACUCCACAAUACAGGGUGAUGAAAUGGUGCUGAGCGAGAUAUCACCCACUGACUGCAAAACUCAGCACACUUAAAUCCUCUCACGUCAGAGUAUUCUCAACAUCUUCCACCGUUUGUCUUCACGGUACUACGGGACAAACUAUCAGGCUCUUUUAUCUCUUGUUGCCUCUGCCAGGAGGUUACGACUUGACUGUAAACAUUGCAAUAAGAUCGCUGUAUUCAUUAUUGUGUUUCAUAUAAUCAUUUUUAAAUAGUUUAAUAUAUUUAAUAUAUUUCAACAUAUUUUUAUCUCUUCUCAAACAAUGUUUUGUUUUUAUGACAAAAAUAAAUCUUAAUU